AUGUUAAAUAAACCAGAGUUGUCAAAAGAAUUGAGUGUUUUCUUGCAAUUGUUGCAUUAAGAUAAUGCUGAGCAUAAGGGUUAUGAGAAUUAUUUAAUUGGAAGUGAUCUAGAUGAUAUAGAUUCUUAAAAUAAUAAAAGAAUCAAUAAAGAUCUCUCAAUUAUUUAUAGUUUACCUGAAAGUGAAGUAUCUACUUAAAGAGACAAUGCUUCUCUAAAUAUUGGAGAUUUAUUUUCUGUUAUUUUUAGAGAUCUUGAAAAUUAAGUUUAUGCUUCUAUGUCACAGAGAAUUAAAUAAUUAUAAGUAAAAUGGUUAUUUAAAUCAAGUAAUAAAUUCAUAUUUAUAUGAUGAGAGUAUCUGAAAAAUUGAAUGAAUUCUAAUUACAGAAUCAAAGCCUUGAAACUAAUAAUAAAUUAUUGGUUGAAGCACUAAACUCUUCUCAAUAAGAGAUUUAACUCUUAACAGUCUCACAUCAAGAAACUUCCAAUAAAUUUAAAAAAACUAUUUUUGAUUUAAAGAAACAAUGUGUAAAUUUUAAUUUAAUAUCAAUUUAGGAGGAAUUAAAUAAAUCCUUACUUUACACUUAAUAAAUUAAUUAAAAUUUACUCUAAUAAAUUGAUAAAGAAUAGCAAACCUAUAAAAAUAAUGAAGAAGAAUUUAGAGAUGCUUCUUAAAGAUUAAUCAAAAGCAAUUAAGCUUUACGGUAUUUCUUUUCAUUUUAAAAUAGUGAAAUUAUUGUCAAUAUUGGAAACAUAUCCCCUAUGCACAAAACAAAAUUGUAAGAAGUCAUUAAAUAUUUGACUGAAAGAAAAGAUUCUAAACAGUAAGAACUCAGAACUGGACGUAGUUAAUCUAGAAAACAAAAAGAAAAUAAUAGUCUUCAUUAUUGUAUCUGACAAAUUAUCAUCUAGCCACUCUCAAUAUUAGUAGUUCAAGAAAUAAAAAGUCAUUAUCUCCACAAGGAUUCACAUCCACAAGGAAAUAACAAGGUGUUAAUGUUUUAGAUACAAAUUAUCAGACUUCUUAUAAAGAGUUAUUUUUAAAAAGUUUAAAAGUAACAAAAUAAAAAUGA